CCGAGGCCAACACACAAUACAAACAAAAAAACCAACAUCUCUCUCUAACCAAACCAUAAAAACAAGAGAUCAAAAGGAAGAAAAAAAACAGACAAAAUUAAUUUAAUUAAUUGAUUAAAAUCAAUUAAUUGUUCCCAAUGGAGGUGAAGCUGAGCCUUGUUUUCCUUCUGCUGGCCUUGGCCAUGGUGGCCAAUAAGGCCAACUCAUUCCCGGACUCCACCUGGGGCGGCCUAAGCCACUUCAACCAUGUCGUGGCUGGUGGCGCCGGAGCGAUCGGGGAUUUCAUUGGCGACGACAACGAGAUGCUGCUGGACUCAGAGGCCAGCCGCCGCAGCCUGGCGCGGGGGCGGUCCUACAUUGGCUACGACGCCCUUAAGGCCAAUCAGGUCCCCUGCGGCCGUCGCGGCCACUCCUACUACAACUGCCAGAAGCGGCAAAGGGCCAACCCCUACAAGCGAGGCUGCAGUGCCAUCACUCACUGCGCCAGAUACACCGGUUGAUCAUUUUCAUCAUUUUCGUUAAAAAAAAACAGAAUGAGAUUGUGUCUACGUACGUAAGUGCAUGCAUGGGAACAAGAUAAUUAUGUUUAAUUAGUACGUACUCAUGACAUGAUCAUGUUCUAUUAAAUAAAAAAGAAAGGUAAUUAGUUUGCUGCUGAUGAUCAAGAGAGCAUUGAUGAUAUCAAGGGAGACUAUAUAUAUAGUCUUGGAUAUUCAUCAUGUG